AUGGAGGUGUACAUCGACGACAUGCUAGUGAAAUCAAAGAAGGCGAACGACCACGUGGAACAUCUGCGACAGUCGUUCGAAAUUUUAAAGAAGUACGGUAUGAAACUUAACCCAACUAAAUGUUCUUUUGGAGUGUCGGCAGGCUUCAGUUGGACCGACAACCAUGAAACAGCUUUGCAAAACUUAAAAAAAUAUUUGAUGACGCCACCCCUCCUGUCCAAACCUAAAGAAGGCGAAGUCCUGCAACUAUACCUUGCCGUCAGCACGACAGCAGUCAGUGCGGUAUUAGCCCGAGAAGACGAAAAACAGCAACUACCCAUUUACUACAUCAGUAAGUCCUUAUUGGAAGCAGAAACCAGGUAUUCCUCCCUCGAAAAACUUGUUUUAGCAUUAGUCACUGCCGCCAAAAAUUUAAGGCAUUUCUUUGAAACUCACCAAAUAGUGGUGAUGACUAACUAUCCAAUCAAGUCUGUGAUGCGUAGGCCAGAACUAACAGGUCGAAUAGAGAAAUGGACAAUGGCACUCGGAGGAUUCGACAUCAAAUACCAACCAAGGACAGCGGUGAAGUCGCAAGCCCUUGCAGAUUUUGUGGCAGACUUCAGCCCCGACUUGGAAAAGAUAGCAGACGACGAAGUAAAACUCAUCAACAACAUAGAGGAAACAUGGACACUCUUCGUCGACGGCUCGUCUAAGUUUCGCGGUGCAGGUCUAGGCGUCGUGCUGAAAUCACCACAAGGGGACAUGAUAGCACAAGCAAUAUGCUGCGACUUCAAAGCGACAAAUAACGAAGAAGAAUACGAGGCACUAAUCGCCGGGAUGACGUUAGCUGGGGAAUUGGGGGCAAGCGGACUCAACAUCUUCAGCGACUCACAACUAAUCGUCAACCAAAUCAACGGCGACUACGAAGCCAAAGACUUGAAAAUGACCUUAUACCUCGAGAAAGAAAAAAAGUUAACCUCCAAAUUUAAACCCUUCUCCAUCAAACAAGUACCACGAGACCUAAACACACAAGCCGACGCCCUCGCUAACCUAGGAUCCGCACUCAGAAAAUCAUCAUUCUCCACCAUACCACUAGUCCAUCUACUGUCGCCCGCCAUCGAAAAAGACAUACCCCAUAAUGCUAGCCUCGUCAUGUCAACCACAAACACGGAUAGCUGGACCAAACCCAUCCUUGAUUACCUAACACACGAAACCCUACCCGACGAUAAGCUCGAAGCCAGAAAGAUACUUUUCAAAGAUUCACGAUAUGUUAUUUUGCAGACGUGUUAUUUAAACGAUCGGCAAACGGAAUGUUGA